AUGCCUCGGGAUAAAGAAGCCGCACCAGAUGGACCAGAACUACCGCCCGAAGAAGGUGCUCAGGGAUGGAUAUGUGUCGGCGGUGCGUUUCUAUCUCUAUUCUGCACUUUCGGCUUCCUAAACGCAAUCGGCGUGUUUCAAACGGUCUACCAAGACACCACCCUCCAGGACUACAGCUCAUCAGAGAUAGCAUGGAUUUUCGCCGUCCAAAUAUGUCUCAUGUGGGCACUCGGUCCACUCUACGGACGAGUCCUGGACACGUACGGCCCGGCGCCGGUACUGUACCCGUGCAGCUUUCUCUGUGUCUUUUCCCUGUGCAUGACGAGUCUCACAGAUGAGUACUACCAGAUAUUUCUGGCGCAGGGUUUAGGCUUCGGGAUCGGUGCAGGAGGGGUCUUCACCACGGCUAUGGUCUGUGUAGGCCAAUGGUUCGUCAAGAGACGGGGGCUGGCUAUUGGUAUGUCGAGCUGUGGUGCUAGUGUGGGUGGUGUGAUAUUCCCCAUAUUCCUGGAUCGAGUCAUUAAGAGAGUUGGCUUCUAUUGUGCCGUGCGCUAUACGGCUUUGCUGGUUGGUGUUCUUCUGGCCGUAUCCUGCCUUAUGGUUCGAUCCAGACUGCCGAGGAAGAAGUGGAAUAGCAAGGCGCCUUGGUUCGACGUGACCCUAUUCCAGGAGAAGCAGUUUGCGCUAUACACCUUGGGAGCCUAUUUGCACAGGUGGGGUCUCUGGGGCCCGUUCGAUUACAUCUCCGAGAUGGCACAAAAUGCAGGAUUCUCCCCCACGCUGGCUCUAUACUUGAUUUCCAUCAUAAACGCAACCUCCGUGAUUGGCCGGCUCCUCCCACCGUAUCUGGCCGAUCACAUCGGCCAUUUCAACGUGCUCACAACGUGUUCUCUGCUGACGGGUGGCUCCAUGUUGUGCCUGUGGCUGCCGUUCAACUUCCGCCCGUCCCAUACGGGGAUCAUCGUGUUCUCACUGGUCUACGGCUUCGUGAGCGGGGCCGUCGUGUCAUUGCUCAUGCCAUGCGUCGCCAAGUCCGGGAGUCUAGAAACACUGGGCCAGCGGUUUGGAACAUUUCAAAUGGUGAUAUCAAUCAGUUGUCUCACCGGCCUUCCUAUCAUGGGUGGCAUCCUGACCCGACAGAACGGGACGAACUUUGCAGGACUGCAAAUCUUUGCCUCGGUGGUUUCCCUGCUCGGGGCGUGUUCGCUGGCGGUGUCGACGUAUCUUUUAUCGGGGGCCCGUGGGAACUGGAGAGUCUAG